CGUCUCCGCCAUUUUGUGAGUCUAUAACUCGGAGCCGUUGGGUCGGUUCCUGCUAUUCCGGCGCCUCCACUCCGUCCCCCGCGGGUCUCCUCUGUGUGCAAUGGACGGCGGGGAUCGGACGAGCUCUUCUCUGCGUGCGUCACUAACGGACCCUUUAUCAUGAGCGGCAACUCGGCCUCUGCAGCAAACGGGAAUGACAGCAAGAAGUUCAAGGGGGACAGCAGGAGUGCGGGUGUGCCCUCCAGAGUGAUCCACAUUCGCAAGCUGCCCAGCGACAUCACUGAGGGCGAGGUCAUCUCCCUGGGGCUGCCCUUUGGGAAGGUCACCAACCUCCUGAUGCUGAAAGGGAAGAGCCAGGCCUUCAUCGAGAUGAACACGGAGGAGGCGGCCAACACCAUGGUCAACUACUACACCUCGGUGACGCCUGUGCUGCGCGGCCAGCCCAUCUACGUCCAGUUCUCCAACCACAAGGAGCUCAAGACCGACAGCUCCCCCAACCAGGCGCGCGCCCAGGCGGCCCUGCAGGCGGUGAAUUCGGUGCAGUCAGGGAACCUGGCGCUGGCCGCCUCAGCCGCUGCGGUGGAUGCUGGGAUGGCAAUGGCCGGCCAGAGCCCUGUGCUCAGGAUCAUCGUGGAGAACCUUUUCUACCCCGUCACCCUGGACGUGCUCCACCAGAUCUUCUCCAAGUUCGGCACAGUCCUGAAGAUCAUCACGUUCACCAAGAACAACCAGUUCCAGGCGCUGCUGCAGUACGCCGAGCCCGUGAGCGCCCAGCACGCCAAGCUGUCGCUGGACGGGCAGAACAUCUACAACGCCUGCUGCACACUCCGCAUCGACUUCUCCAAGCUCACCAGCCUCAACGUCAAGUACAACAACGACAAGAGCCGGGAUUACACGCGCCCUGACCUGCCCUCCGGUGACAGCCAGCCCUCCCUGGACCAGACCAUGGCCGCGGCCUUCGGUGCACCGGGCAUAAUGUCAGCCUCCCCGUAUGCAGGAGCUGGUUUCCCUCCCACCUUUGCCAUCCCUCAGGCUGCAGGCCUGUCCGUCCCCAACGUGCACGGGGCCCUGGCUCCCCUGGCCAUCCCGUCGGCGGCGGCGGCGGCAGCGGCAGCAGGCCGCAUCGCCAUCCCAGGCCUGGGCGGGGCUGGGAACUCUGUCCUGCUGGUCAGCAACCUGAACCCUGAGAGAGUCACACCCCAAAGCCUCUUUAUUCUUUUCGGCGUGUACGGCGACGUGCAGCGGGUGAAGAUCCUGUUCAAUAAGAAGGAGAACGCCCUGGUGCAGAUGGCGGACGGGAGCCAGGCCCAGCUGGCCAUGAGCCACCUCAACGGGCACAAGCUGCACGGGAAGCCGGUGCGCAUCACCCUAUCCAAGCACCAGAACGUGCAGCUGCCCCGCGAGGGCCAGGAGGACCAGGGCCUGACCAAGGACUACGGCAAUUCGCCGCUGCACCGCUUCAAGAAGCCGGGCUCCAAGAACUUCCAGAACAUCUUCCCGCCCUCCGCCACCCUGCACCUGUCCAACAUCCCGCCCUCCAUCUCUGAGGAUGACCUCAAGAUCCUCUUCUCCAGCAAUGGCGGCAUCGUCAAAGGGUUCAAGUUCUUCCAGAAGGACCGGAAGAUGGCCCUGAUCCAGAUGGGCUCGGUGGAGGAGGCCAUCCAGGCGCUCAUCGACCUUCACAACCACGACCUGGGCGAGAACCACCACCUGCGGGUGUCCUUCUCCAAGUCCACCAUCUAGGCCCUGCCGCCAGGACCAGCCUGCUGGGCCCCCGGCAACAACUUCCAUCAUUCCAGAAAAAAAGCCACUUUAAAAGCAGCUGAAGUGACCUUAAAAGACCAGAGAUUUUAUUUUUUUAAAGAGAAAUCAGUUUACCUGUUUUUAAAAAAAUUAAAUCUAACUCACCGUGCUCACCUUGGAGAGACGGGGUGCCGGCCUCAGGCCCUCCCCGGCCCCUCGCCUGUGCCUCCCGCAGCCCGGGCUGGGCGCUCCCAAACCUCUACUCGGCUUUCUCGUGCCUUAAAACCCGCUGCUCUGGCAGGGCCUCGCGGUAGCAGACGGGUAGGGGUUUGGGGCCCCGGGGACAGCCUCCUGCACAGAUCAUGUGCCUGGCAUGGCAGGAGGCUCCCGGCAGCAGGGCCCGGAGGCAGCCGACACCCAGGACACCCCAGUCCUCCCGUUUAAUCAAGUGUGUGAUUUUCCCUCUCCCCCGGCCCGAGGGCAUGUCCCCGGCCGCCUUCAGCUUGGAGCUUUGUGUUCACCGUAAUCUCGUGCUUUGAUGCAGCCGCAGACAUCUGUGCCUAGCAAUACUUCCAGUUGACCAAAUAUCCUAAUCUUUUCAUUUAUAUGCAAGAGAAAUAGUUUUAAGUAACUUUUUAUAUAGCGAGAUGGUAAAAAUGGUAUGAGUGUAAUCUAAAUUUUCUCUCUGUAUGACCUUGUAUACUGUACUUUUUAUUUUAUUCCUUGUAAUUAAGUCGCAGGGCAGGAUCUAGUUUCCAGGGCAGAUGCCGUGGGGGCAGCUGGGGAGCCCCGGUCCUUCUAGAAGGCCCCAGGCCUCCGUCUGAGACCCCAGAUGCCUUAUACACCCAACCUGCCCUCUGUCUGGAGGGCAAGCGCUCUUAAACUUUCAGGGUUCCUUUUUUCCUGCAAAUUUUGGACCAAAGUUUUGUUUGUUUUCUGUCCACCUCUAACGCUGGCACCCCGGGAGGUGGGACGACAGCCAGCUCUUCCGUCGCGGCGUCCUGCACUCCGGGUCCCGGGGGCUCGCUGCACGUAGACCCUGUGCUGGCCGGCCCCUCCCUCGGGGCCUGGACCCCUGGGUUUCCAUGUUGGGGUGGGACAAGGGUGUAAAUAUUUAUAAUUUUUUAUACCUGUUGUGAGACGAGGGCAGCACGUGUGGUUUUUUAUGGUGACACAGAUGUAUAUUUUGAUACCAGCAAUUACAGGCUCAGUAUUGUAGUGAGUGCGGCAUGUCUCACUGCCUGCCCGCCGGCUUGUCACGCGGAGGGGAUGGAAUUAAAAGCGGUUUCAUGACAACCUUGCCUCCGCCGGAGCUGCUUCUGUCCACAGUGUGGAAGGCAAGUCUGGCCGGUCUGUGCUGACUCGAAUAAACUCUGUAUCCUGCGCUCCA